GUCGCGCUGUAUCAGCGGAAAACGGCGAAUGGAGGGAAAUUUCAUUGUUGUUGACAGCUGCUGUUCGCGUUUCUUACGAGACAUAAGUACAACACCGAUCUUUAACAGUUUAAGUGAUCAUCCUGACAGCAGAUUUAAAUCUCAGAGAGAUGAGUGAUAAAAACUCGUAAUCUCCAGGACAGCAGCACAGAGAGAUGAGUGUUCAAUCCAGCAGAUAUCAGAUAGAGACAUUACUAAUCGAAGCCGUCAAUCAAACCGAUGCACGAUGUGUGGAGACUCUACUGUGUCAGGGUGCAAACCCUAAUGCUAUUAUUAAGGGGGGUGUAGCAGCGGUUCAUUUAGCUGCAGGUAAAGAGUCUGAGAGAGGACUGCGAUGCCUUAGACUCAUUCUGCAACACGGCGCUGAUCCCAACCUCAGGACUAGUGAGGAUCUGACACCGUUACACAUCGCUGCAUCUUGGGGUUGUUAUCAGAAUCUGCGAUUAUUGCUAAGAAACGGUGGAGACCCCAAUCUCAAAGAUCAGGAUGGCAAUAAACCGUCAGAUCUGGCAGAACAGGAGGAGAACAGUAAAUGUGCCAGCCUGCUUCAAGAGUAUGAAGCCCACACAUCACUGGAGGAGCAUGAUGCACCCAAAUUUCAAUACUCGAUUCUGUCUGGUCCAUCUAUGAGCGACAGCACAUUCAGUCUAGAAGCUUCCAGCUCUUGUUCAGAAAGCAUCUCAGUCCUGGAUCAUCCUGGAGUUGAACCAUUGAGUAGCACGCGUCUGUCCAAUAGAUUAAGCGAAAGACCUUUGAACAGAGAGACUCAAGCUUUCUGGCUCUCAGAUAUAUCCGAUCUCGAGUCACGUGACUCUCACGGUUGGAAUAAGGUCUUGCCCAUACUGUCCAGUACCUCUCUUUCUGUCUUGGACAGUAAGAGCAGUGCAGGAGCGUUGACAGCUGUAGAUUGUGACAGUAAUGAAUCUCAGAGCAGCGUAAAGCACCCUGUUCAGCGCGAAGAGAGAAAGAGCGUCAGCUUCAGAGGACGUGAUGAUUAUUUCCCAGUCUCAAGCCCAGAUCAUCAUCUGCAUCAUCUCUCUCUUGAUCAGUCCAGUGAUCUUUCAGAAUACUCGGGUUUCCUCGGAUCAGAGUGCAUGGCUACCAUCUGCCAAAAUCAAGGAAUAGAUGUCACGUAUCCUGAUGACGUGUUUGUUUUUUCCAAAGUAGCCAAUACGGUGGAGGAUGAGUUUGAAAAGACUGUUGUGGGGCCAGGUCUUCUUGAUAAGACCCAUGAUGAUGAUGAUGAUGAUGAUGAUGAAGAAGAGUUCAAGAGUACCAUUCAACCCCCUGUCAGUAGUGGAUCUAGUGAAUACAACAGCUGUGAUAGCAACCCUUACAGGAGUCCAACUGAGAGUUCAGUAAGAAGUGAAGUUUUGUCAAGUACUGAAAGCAAUGGACAUCCACCUUCAAGUGAUGUCUGUAGCCAUAAAUCAGAUCUGCCACAAGGCCUUUGUGCUAGAGAUGAAAGCCAAAACUGUGGCCGAGAGAUGUCAGGUUUAGACAGGUGUCAUAGUGAAGAAUUGCAUUCAUCUACAGCAGAGAGAGAUUCUUGUCGAGUCAGGGUUAAGAGCGCUGAAACUGACUUCAUUGCAAGUCCGUUUGUCACAGGGAGGACGCGCUCAAGACAGAGUCGAUGUUCAGAGAGAAUGAGCAUGAAUUUAGCUUCCUUUCAGUCCAACUGUUCUAUUUUCGAGCAGACGCUCCCUACCCCCACUCGCUCACAACGCAGCACCGCUAAAUCACCAUACACUCCAUACAAGUGCAGUAUCGAUGAAGAAUAUGACCAAGUAGAUGACGUUGACUCACAGAUGAGCUCAAUGAGUUUGUCAUCGAGCUUCGAUAGUCAAGCGGAUACAAGGCUUUUAUCUGACAGUAUGGCUGACACCGUCUUAAUUCCUAAAAGUGAUGCUGAUGGCCACGUGGAGAAACAUGAAACUUUUCAGACUGUUUGUCCUGAAGAAACAACUGAUGAUCAGGUGAAACUUUUGACUUCAAAAGAAGUGGAAGAAACCAGAAGAAUGGUCCAGAUGAGCUCUACUGCUUUAGGAGGUACAGAGUCUUUGGCUAAAAGUGGCUCACUUCAGGAAAGUCCAGAGAACGCAUCAAGUAUAAGCUGUGAAUCACCCAAAUCACAGAAGAAUGUGACAGGGAAUCCAGGACACGCAUCCGGAUGCACACCUAGAUACAGCCUGAGUCGACUGUCGGGCCACACGAGACGGCGGACGCUUGCAGACCUUUCUAUAAUCCCUGGACAACUGUCAUAUACAGAUGUAAGCGAGCCUGUGGAAUAUCUCUAUACUGACACUGAAGACGGCCAUGAACUCAUCGAGACUCAUGUUCCUGUAACGGCCAACACUUCCCUCUGCUCCAGCAGCACCACUAACUCUGAUGAGACGCUGCUUUACGACUGGAGAUCUCUUCAGCUUACGAGUCCGGACCGCAGCAAAAAACGCCACGGAGCCAAACAGCAGGAUGAUGUUGAAAUGAGCGGAUUAACUGACAAGGAUCUCAGAAACAAACUCAUUGAACUGGGAGAAGAUCCAGGACCCAUAAAUAGUCAAACCCGCCCAUUGUAUGUCCAGAAACUCAAGAGAUCCCUUCAGAAAUCAGUCCUUCAGAGUCCAGCAACACAUGUCAUUGCUACAGGUUACGGGCCAGAACUGGAAAAGGCUCUUGACAGGUUUGUUCUUCCCGACUGUCAGGCGGAUGAGCUGGCGCUCUGUCAACAGUUUGAUCAACCCGAUCAGAACAAGAGAUGGCGUGAGGGUGUUAUUAAAUCCAGUUUUAACUACCUGCUUCUUGACCCGCGUGUGACUAUGAAUCUACCAUAUCGAAGUCGGUCAAUGAGCCCUAAAGAGUGUUUCCAGACAUUCAUCAGUGCUGUUUUUUAUGUUGGAAAGGGCAAACGCUCAAGACCUUACAGUCACCUCUAUGAAGCUCUGGAAUAUUUCAAAGGAGAUAAGACCUCUAAGAAACUUUGUUCAAAAGUACAGCACAUCUUACAGAUCUGGAACAGUGGACAUGGUGUCAUCUCUCUGCAUUGUUUCCAGAACGUCAUCGCUGUUGAAGCUUACACACGAGAGGCCUGUAUGGUGGAUGCUAUCGGGCUGAAGAUGCUUACAAACCAGAAACGUGGAGAUUACUAUGGUGUGGUAUCAACCUGGCCUGUCCGGAAAAAACGAGAGUUAGGAGUUCAUCUGCUUUACCGCGCAAUGCAAAUCUUCUUAGCUGAAGGAGAACGACAGCUCAGACCGGCUGACAUCAGAUGAAUCCUUCAGCACCUGUACUCAAACAUAUAAAACUGCGCUCAUCACUAUUCAAAUCAACAUAUGACCAUUUGUGUUUAUAUGAAGCUACACACAUCCUUCAAUCAUGUUGUGAGUUUUAUUAUUUGACAUCGUCUUUUGGCAACAGUGGAAAUGAAAUUGAUUCUGUAAUGCAAAAAAAUUAAAGAAGAUCAUGUACAUGUAAUUGUAUUAGGACCAGAAGUAUGAAUAGUUGUUAGAAAUCCUGUAAAUAGUUUUUCAUUUUAUUAAAUGACUUCUUAAAAUGUG